UAGUCUGAGUUUUUAACCAGUCACAGCAAUUCAUUCGCCCCAUCGCGCAUACUGUCAGUAGGAAGAUUUUCGCAGCGGCCGAAUCACGCCCCCUUCCCCUCUCAGCAUGGCUGCAGACCUGAUGGAGAUUGACGACUCUCUGUACAGCCGCCAGCGUUAUGUGCUUGGAGACAGUGCUAUGCACCAGAUGGCCCAGUCCUCUGUCUUUCUCAGUGGCAUGGGAGCACUGGGAGUUGAGAUAGCAAAGAACAUAGCCCUUGCUGGUGUAAAGUCAGUGACCCUUCACGAUACAAAGAAGUGUGAGACCUGGGAUCUGGGCUGCAACUUCUUUAUCCGCAAUGAGGAUGUGUUAAGCCAUAGGAGCAGGGUGGAGGCAGUAUGUUCUCGGGUUGCGGACUUAAACCCAUAUGUCCAAGUUGACAUGUCCUCCUUGCCUGUGGAUGACAACACUGACUUAAGUUUUCUCAGAAAGUAUCAAUGUGUGAUUUUGACAGAGGCCAGUUUGAGCCUACAGAAGAGAGUAAAUACAUUCUGCCACUCGCAACAACCCCCCAUCAGAUUUAUCUGCUGUGAUGUGUAUGGCAUCUGCGCACGCCUGUUUUGUGAUUUUGGGGAAGAGUUUGAGGUGUCUGAUCCCACAGGAGAGGAGGCCAAAGAAAUUUUCAUCCAAAGUAUCACUCAGGACAAUCCUGGCAUUGUAACCUGCAUGGACAACCGCCCCCAUGGCUUACAGACAGGCCAGAGUGUUAUCUUCAGAGAGGUCCAGGGGAUGGAAGAGCUCAAUGGAACUUUACAACAGGUCACAGUGCUUUCCCCUCACAGCUUUGAAAUAGGAGAUACAUCCCAGCUACAAUCAUAUGCACACGGAGGUUUCUUUGUAAUGGUGAAAACUCCCAGGACAUAUUCUUUUGAAACAUUAGAACGACAGCUAUGUGACCCUCGGGUCCUGAUUCCAGACUUCAGUAAACCAGAGGCUCCUCUACAGAUCCAUGCUGCCAUGCUGGCACUAGACAACUUCCAGGUCAAGCACUGUAGACUUCCCAACAUUGGGUGCCUACAGGAUGCUGAGGUUUUACUACAGCUGACUGAGGAAGUGAAUUCAACACUUUUAAACAAAGUUCCUGUAAACGCUGAGGUGGUGCGCUGUCUGUCUCGGACAGCCAGGGGAGCUCUUCCUCCGCUAGCUGCAGCUGUGGGAGGAAUAGCGAGUCAGGAAGUUCUCAAGGCCAUUACAGGGAAAUUUGCGCCACUUCAGCAAUGGUUUUAUCUCGACACCAUGGAGCUGGUCAGGCCUCUUCAGUCUCUUGCUGGUGAGGAGUUUUCCCCUCGAGGUGACCGAUACGAUGGACUACGAGCCUGCAUCGGAGAAUCAAUGUGUCUAGAUCUACACAAGCUCAGGGUGUUUAUGGUCGGCUGUGGAGCCAUAGGCUGUGAAAUGCUAAAAAACUUUGCCCUUCUCGGUGUGGGAUUGGCGAAGACCUCUGGAGAGGUUUGCAUCACAGACCCAGACCUCAUAGAGAAGUCUAACCUCAACAGACAGUUUCUCUUCAGACCCCAUCACAUACAGAAGCCAAAAAGUACCACAGCAGCAGGCGCCACUCUGGACAUCAACCCAGAGCUGCAGGUGGACGCUCACCUAAACAAGGUGUGUCCAGCCUCUGAGAACAUUUACAGCGACUCCUUCUACUCCUCCGUGAACGUAGUGGUCACCGCGCUGGACAAUGUGGAGGCGAGGAGAUAUGUGGACAGUCGCUGUGUGUCCAAUCAAAGACCUCUCUUGGACUCGGGCACCAUGGGAACUAAAGGACACACUGAGAUCAUUGUUCCAAGUUUAACGGAGUCUUACAAUAGCCAUAGAGACCCCCCAGAGGAGGAGAUCCCAUUCUGCACUCUCAAGUCUUUCCCUUUGGUUAUAGAGCACACCAUCCAGUGGGCCAGAGACAAGUUUGAGAGCUCCUUUUUCCAUAAGCCCUCCAUGUACAACUCAUUCUGGCAGACUCACCCUUCAGCCGAUGCAGUGCUGCAGAGGAUGCAGGCGGGGGAAAGUCUGGAGGGAUCCUUUCAGGUCAUUAAGCUGCUAAGCAGACGGCCGAGUCAGUGGAAACAGUGCAUCACCAUUGCCCGUGUGAAAUUUGAAAAGUAUUUCAAAAGAAAGGCCCAGCAGCUGUUGCACUCGUUUCCUCUGGAAACAAGGUUAAAGGAUGGAAGUUUGUUUUGGCAGUCCCCAAAAAGACCCCCAACACCUAUUGAUUUUGACUUGAAAGACCCGAUGCACUACACCUUCAUUGUCAGCACUGCGCGGCUUUAUGCAGAGGUUUAUAACAUCGCCUACUCAGGAAAGGAUCUUUCUGAAGACGCUGUAACCAGUAUUCUUUCUGAUGUCGAGAUUCCUGAAUACAGGCCCUCAGAGAAAUGUAUAGAGACGGAUGAGACGGCCAAGAAGCCCAACGCGACGAAGAUGCCUCUAAGCAGUGAAGAGGAAAGGGAAGCUAUCGCACAACUUGAGCAGGCCAUCGUUGCAAACAAGGUCACAUCAGAAGGAUUACAGAUGAGGCCCCUUCAGUUUGAAAAAGACGUCGACAGCAACGGUCACAUAGAUUUUGUCACCUCAGCCUCCUCCAUCCGAGCCAGGAUGUACUCAAUCGAGCCAGCAGACAGACUGAAGACCAAACGUAUUGCUGGGAAGAUCAUCCCCGCUAUUGCUACAGCAACUGCCGCUGUGGCCGGACUGGUGGCACUGGAGUUGAUCAAGGUGGUUGGUGGCUACGGAUUUGAAUCUUUCAAAAACUGCUUCUUUAACUUGGCCAUUCCAGUCGUCGUGCUCACAGAGCCUGCCCCAGUUAAACGGACGGCCAUCAGGAACAAUAUCUACUUUUCUAUUUGGGACUGUUGGACCAUCUUCGGUCACGAGGACUUCACUCUCUCUGACUUCAUGAAUGCUGUGAGGGAAACGUACGGGAUUGAACCAAGCAUGGUUGUCCAUGGUGUAAAGAUGCUCUAUGUGCCUGUGAUGCCAGGACAUUCAAAGAGACUCAAACUGACGAUGCAGAAGCUCAUCAAGCCAUCAGUGGCCCGGAAAUAUGUCGACCUUACCGUGUCAUUUGCUCCAGAAUCAGACGGAGACGAGGAUCUCCCUGGUCCUCCUGUCAGGUACUACUUCAGCCCGGACGGCAAAGCACCCUGACAGCUCCAGAGAUGUCACCCUCAAAAGCCUACGGUGUCCUUAUUUCUCUUAAUUCAAGCACUCUGUUAUACUCCACCCCACCCAUCAAGAACAGAAGCCUGGCGGGGACAAGAGUUUUCCCUGCACGUUUUUAUUUGAUUACGGCAACGCUCCCAUCCCCAUCACAACUCCCCUCCCAUCUCCAGAGCUUCAUGGAGCAAGAAAGUCAGACAUUCUUGCUUCACAAAUAGCCAGAAGAAGUUAAAGCUGCUUAAGUAGCACUUAUUAUUGUACCUCUCUGUACAUAAAUUCUGGUUUUUACUCUAAAAUUCACAGCUCUGCCUGUGUUGAUGCCUUAAAUGAUUCAGUUUUUCUAAAAGCCAAUUUUUUUGAUCUGCCUGACUUUAGAAAAGACCAAUGGUUUGGCUGUUGGCACAGUGAAUACUUACCUUUGGAACCCACAUCAUCAUCAUCUUACUCUCAUCUGUUAGUCAACCUUUUUGUUUAGAGGAACAGAUCGAGCUGUUGUAUAGUUAAAGUGGGUCCAAGAAGCCUGUGACAAAAUGACCAAAGAUGCCGAUUAUAAAUGUGUCUCCAGAUUGUUCAUUUCUGGUCACUUUGCCUCACCAAAAGGUGAUAUCACAGCAACAUUUACCAAUAAUAAUCAUCUGCACCUCAAUGUGUCACUGCUAGAUGCCUCAAAAAAAAGGAUACAACUGGUGUGAGGAGCUGGUAACACCCAAAUGUAGCUGCUGGUCUUGCAUUUCUCGUUUUCUUUGCCAAUGACAGCACUGACAAUGUCGUACAUGUUGGGAAGUAAGGAAGAUCAGCAGAUGUUUUCAUGAAACAUCUGCAGUACAGCAUCAAGAAUGCACUCCUGUUCUAAAAACACAUUCUUCUGGAAUAUAUUGUUCCUCUUUGUUAUAAUUGUUCAUAGAUGUUUUCAUGUGACAUGUAUUUAUUUACUUGUUACUCAUUUUUGUGUCAAAACUGAGCUCUGGAAUCAUGGUGCACUGGUUAAUUGUUAGCGACAAGCUGGAACUAUUAGUGGGAUUGUUCUUCUGUUUCCUUCCACUUGGCUGAUAUUUGAAGCCAUGUCCAAGUAAUUCUGAAUAAUAUUCUUUUGAACUUCACAUAAAAUUGGAUAGAGUUCAGGGUUUUCCUGCUUUUAAUGAAAAUACAGACCUGAAAAGUUAUAUUGGAUUCUUUCUCAUCAAUCCAAUUCAAAGUGUUUUUUUUAAUUUAAACAGCAAAUGUCUAAUGCAUUACAUGAGUGUACAAGUCUGUUAUUUGUUGAGAAAAUAAAUGAUGUAUGUUCUUGUGAAAGCCAGCUCAACGUAUGGUCCAAUAAAAUGUGACUUCAGGAUCAAUUCAAGAAUAAA